GGCUGCAUAGGCGGAGCUGGGGUUGGGGCGGCGGCCUGAGUCACCACCGCCGCCCUCCGCCACUCUCCAAGAUGGAGCCCCGGCCCACGGCCGGAUCCCAGGAGGGAUCCUGGCACAAGAUGGCGCCGCACCUGACCAGCUACGAGGAGCUGACCACCAAGAAGUUUCUGAAGGAGAUUAACAAGUGGACAGCUCUGUACAAUGUAUCUCCGAUCCCUUGGAAGCUGGCUGUCAGGUUUCUCACAGCUAGAAAGUUUGAUGUCCGCCUGGCUGUUGAAUUGUUCCGGGCCUACGUGAAAAUGCGACAGAAAGAAGGAAUCUUAAAUCUGAGGCCUGAUGAGGAGCCUCUCCGUUCAGAAAUCCUCAGUGGGAAGUUUACUGUUCUAAAUACACGGGAUCCCUCUGGAGCCUCCAUCGCAAUCUUCACUGCUAAAUUACAUCAUCCCCAUAAAUCCGCUCAACGUGUAGUCCUCCAGGCUCUGUUUUACCUGCUGGACAGAGCACUGGAUAGUUUUGAAACUCAAAGAAAUGGACUGGUGUUUAUCUACGACAUGGAGGGUUCCAAAUAUAACAACUUCGACCUAAAACUUGGCAAGAAAGUCCUAAAGCUCCUGAAGGCAGCCUUCCCAGCUCGUUUGAAGAAAAUAUUUAUUGUAGAGGCACCUAUGUGGUUCCGAGUGCCCUAUUCCAUCAUCAGUAUCCUACUGAAAGGCAAAGCCUGUGGAAGGAUUCAGAUAAUAAGGACAAGUAAGCUGACCCAACACUUGCCUCCGGAGUGCCUUCCUGAAAGCCUGGGAGGAUAUGUAAAGUUGGACCUCACCAGUUGGAACUUCCAAUUUCUCCCUCAUAUGCGUGACCACGAGGACCCUCUUGGUGAAAUUAUUUUAUUGUCCCUCACUUCCUCUGAGGAAAGCCACUCAGUGGACCACUCAGCCCCCCCAGCAAUGAACAUUGAGGAGCUGCUGGAUCACUUCAGCAGCAAGCAGAGGAGGGGAAUUUACAAAGAAUUUGAGAACAUUAACUAUGCUCAUCCUGUUGGCACUUUCCACAAUUCCAUAUUACCAGGUAACUUGGAGAAAAAUAGAUACGAAGAUGUGCCCUGCUUAGACGAAACCCGGGUGAAGUUGAUGGGAAGGAUGGAUGACACCCAAACAGACUAUAUCAAUGCCAAUUUCAUAGAUGGCUAUAAUCAUAAGAAUGCUUAUAUUGGCACACAAGGUCCCUUGGAGAACACCUUUGGUGACUUUUGGCUCAUGGUCUGGGAGCAGAAAGUUCUGGUGAUUGUCAUGAUCACACAACUUGAGGAAAGGGGCAAGAGAAAGUGUGGCCAGUACUGGCCCAUGGAAAAAGAUGACCAGUUCCAAUUUGACUCUCUCGUAGUGACCAAUGAAGGAGUGGAACACAUGAAUUAUUAUAAGAAAACUACGCUAGAAAUUCAUAACGUAGAAAACCAACAAAAAAGACAGGUUACCCACCUCCAUUUCCUGAAUUGGCCAGAUUAUGGGGUCCCUGCCACCAAUGACUUGAUUAAGUUUCUCAUAGUGGUAAGAAAACAGCAGAUGAAAGCAAUCGAGAACUUGGAACCAUCUUUCAACAGUCACCCCAAAGGGCCACCCAUUGUCAUCCAUUGCAGCGCAGGCAUUGGCAGGACAGGCACCUUUUGUUUGUUGGACAUCUGCCUGGCAGAGCUGGAAGCGCUAGGCAUGGUGAAUGUGUUCCAGAUACUGUCCCACAUAAGAGCCCAGAGGGCACUAAGCAUCCAGAACCCAGAACAGUACUACUUCUGUUACAAGGCCAUCAUUGAAUAUGCCAGGAAGAUGGACAUGCUGCCCUCUGCUACAAUGUCUGGGAACAUAGAGACAUGAGUUGCCACCUAGGCCUCUCACGUGGUGGCAGGAACUGGCUGCCCAUUAAUAGCCUUUUGCCAGCCUUUCUUACUCCCCCUGGAACACUGCCAAGCCUCUAGGUGGCCAUCAAUAAUGAUAAAACAGAUUCACCUCUUUUUGUGUCUCCUAGUACAUGGCAGUCUUUCCCUUUGGCUAGCUAACUCUGAUGAAAUCUCCAAAAGUAGCCAGUGGCUAGCAGCUCUGUGUUCUUAAUUUCUAGCACCUGCUAUUGAACUACUAUACCUUAUUAAAACCAAAUUGUGGCUACCAUUUUCUGACAAAGAUCCUUAGAAAUAAAUGGGAAAGGAUCUUCUCUUCCCCUUUCAUACUCCCUUCACCUCUAACCUUCACACCUUGACUUUGCCACAGUCUGAUGGGGAAGGAGGUGAGAGACCACCUCCAUUUCAUCCCAAGAGAGUUUACAACUUCCAUAUACUAGAGAUCAUCCCCAGUGCCAAGAAGAGUAAGAAGUAAGGCAUCUCCUCCAGUCCUAUCUACCAUUCUGAGUGCUUGGGUGUGUAUGUUUUCUGUGCAAAGAUUUAGAUCUGUGCAUGUGUAUGUAAAAUAUACAUGAUAUGUAUUAAUAAGGAAGUAAGUAUCAAUCCAGAUGUACACACCUCUUUUUAGCAGCUCAUGGGACUUCAUGCUGGAAGUCAAGCCUCCAUGUUCCUUGGAGGUCACUUCAACAGUAAUAUUAUUUGUUGCUCAUGGGCACUCACACCUAAGGGAAUGUGAGGGGAGAGUUAUUCAUGCAUCAUACUAUUAGGGAGCAUGUUACAACAAUUUCCUUCAUUUUACUCCUCACCAUCUACAUCUCAUUCCCUGAAUAGGAACCGCCUCUCUUCCUUUGGUCUUGGACUGAAUUUGGCCCUGGGAAUGUUGUAUAUGGUAACCUCAGAGUGUUAUUCUCCCAACUUAACUUUUUCCCCACUCUGUUUACCAUUAUCAAUUAGGGAAACCUUUUACUUGAAUAAAGAGAUGCACAUCUCCACUGUGA